AUGGGAGACUGCGGCGUCACUGCUCCGCCUUUACACACCGCGCCCAUCGACCAUCCACCGCAGUCCGCGGCAUCCUCCAAUGAGAUCUCCAUCCUGAUAACGGGCUUCGGACCCUUCAAAACCAACCUCGUCAACGCCUCAUAUUUAAUCGCCUCAUCUCUCCCGCCAUCAUUCGCCUUCUCCUCACCCGAUAAAGCCGAUUCGCGCCGAGUCUCGAUCCAUGUGCACCCGACUCCAAUUGCCGUGGCAUAUGCCACCGUGCGAGAGAGCAUGCCCCUAAUACUGGAAGAGUUCGCAGCCUCCAAUGGCGGCCGAAGGCCCGAUCUGAUCAUGCAUAUUGGGAUCGCAUCGCCGCGACCUUACUAUUCCGUGGAAACACUAGCACACCGCGAUGACUACAUUAUCACCGACGUCGAAGGCCGUGGUGGCUGGGAGGAUGGCGAGAAGCUAUGGAGAGAAUUGGGUCUCCCUGCGGUGCUCAUACCCGGUCGUGCCUCGGAGGACCCGUCUGCUGCAUCGUCGUAUCAGCCCGACGAGCACUUCCUAGAUGUGUGGCGCUCGUUUGCUCCCAAUUCAGAUCUUAGGAUUUCAAAGGAUGCAGGGCACUACCUGUGUGACUUUAUUUUCUACACCAGUUUGUCGCUGGCUUUGCAGAAGGGUCAUGAUCGGAAUGUACUUUUCCUUCAUGUUCCUGGGGCCGCUGAGGAUGCGGAUAUUGAACAAGGGAGGGUGGUGGCACUUGCUUUGAUCAAGUCAAUGGUUGCUUGCUGGAUUGAUAAGAAGCAUGCAGUAUAA